AUGUCCUGGUGCAAGACCGGCAACUGCUUGACCAUCAGAAGCUCCGCGCUGGCCGCGGUGCUCAGAGCCCGUGCCCUGUUGGGGCCCCAGGACGCCAUGAGCGUGCCCAUCAUCUGCGACUUUGGCUCCGGCUCCAGCAAGGUGGGCUUCGCGGGGGCAAAGGUGCCCCUGGCCAUCUUCCCCACCGUCCUCGGCAAGUUCCGGCACCUCGAAGACGUGAGUGACAGCAGGCGUCCUGCCUGGGUGCUGGGUGACCUGAUGGUGGGGCUGGACAAGAAAGUCUGGUUCAUCGGUGACGAGGUUCAGGAGCAACGAAAGAAACUCAACCUGGUGUACCCCCUCUCACGGGCCACGGUCACCAACUGGGACCACAUGGAGAAGAUCUGGCACCACACCUUCUACCAGGUGCUCCGUGCGGCCCCGGAGCAGCACCCCUUGCUGCUCACAGAGCCGCCCUCGAACCCCAAGGCCAGCAAAGAGAGGACGGCCCAGAUCCUGUUCGAGACCUUCAACGUGCCCGCCCUGUACCUGGUCAACCAAGGGGUCCUGUCUCUCUUCUCCUCCGGCCUGACCUCGGGGGUCAAGCCUCUCACCCAGGGACUGGCCCUGGACCUGGAAUGGGACCUGUGA